CCUUUGACCUGAUCUGAUUGUCCUGACACCUCGGCCCACGAUGGUCGAGAUCCCGCUCGCUUCCAUAGAAGAAUGGGGCCAAUGUUCCGAUCCUACUAUUGCGCCCGCCUCAUGUGGUCCAGGUUCUCUUCGGAGUGUACUCCAACGGCGCAGGCUGUGUGGGUGAGAGAGACAUCAAUUCUUAGCGGACGCGCUGGAGCGAGGACGUUAUGAUCGUCCGCAUGCGCACAAUGACCGCAAUCUUUUCCUUCGCAAGGAAGUCGAGAUAGGGCAUCAGCGUUGGCGUGAUCCCGGCCUCUGCGAUGUUGUGGCGUGAAGUCAUAUUCCUGGAUGGUCUGGAACCAGCGUGCGACCUGUCCUUCAGGAUUACGGAACGUCAGCAGCCAAUAGUAGAACUAUUGUAUUGGUGAUCUUUCCCUGAAGCAUCAGGCGCUUUUCAUAACACAGAGAGCACCACUAUUUGCGUGGUACUUGAGGCGUACCAUUCGAGAAGUACGGGUGAAACAUGAUUCAGCUAGCCACUUUCUUGACUGAUUGCCUGUUGUUAGGCGCCGUUCAUGGCAAUGCAGGAACUAAGAAGAAGACAGGAUGUAACGAAGGCAAUACUGUGUCUCAGGUCCUCGCAGCAUUACAGAAGGAGACGUAUUACCUCACGCGUACAAGGAAUACUACGCGGGAGCCCUGUUACUUCCUGUCUACUCAGGGGUUAAACGACGAGUGCGUGUCCGGGACGCCAGUAAUGUACGGAUACAAGAAAGGCAAAGCAUGGUUUAACGUAACAGAAGGGGUCACAGAGGAGAAAGACGAGAAAAGCAAGAAAGAGCAUAGAUUUCCCUCGGGUCUUCGUGGGCCACUGAGCGGAAAGAAAGUAUCGGUUCAGGGCGAUAACUGUUUCGUCCUCCGUUUACAAGACGAGAUUGAGCUGUGGGUCACGAAAGCUUCCGUUGACACCUCAACAUGCUGCAAAUCGACGUUCGAUAAGAUCACUAAAGACAAAACAAGCCAGACGACAUACGAACCUGAUUUCUGCUGAGGGCGCCUUCAGUUGUAAACGUCUGCGACAAUGCAUCUCAAUAAAUUGUUUGAA